UCUCUCUCCUCUUCUCUCCUUUCUCUCUCUAGCUCGCACAACACACACACGACCCACGCAGUCGCGCCGCGGGAGAGGAGAGAGAGAAGGGGGGCGGAGGAGGAGGAGGAGGAGAAGAGACACAGGAAACUGACGUCGCCUUCGGCGCGGCCUGCUACUUAAAUCCCCCUCUCGCCUCGCCUCCGGCCCCCUCCUCUCCUUCCCUCUCCACCCGAAUCGCCCGCCCAGGGACGGAACGCUCGGGGGCGGCGGAAUUCGCGAGGAAUUUUGGCCGGCGGGGAGGUUGGGGUUGGGGAAGUGCAUGUGAGAUCCGAUGGCGGCGGCGGCCGGCGGCGGUGGAGGUGGAUGGGGAGGUCCGGAGGCAGGAGGCGGCGGAGGCGGAGAGAAGGACGCGCUGUUCGUGGAGCUGUGGAAGGCCUGCGCGGGGCCGGUCUCCAGCAUCCCGCCGCUCGGGGAGAAGGUCUACUACUUCCCGCAGGGGCACAUCGAGCAGGUGGAGGCGUCGACGAACCAGCUUGCUGAGCAGCAGGGCACACCGCUCUACAACCUGCCAUGGAAGAUCCCCUGCAAGCUCAUGAACAUCGAGCUGAAGGCGGAGCCAGAUACUGAUGAGGUGUACGCUCAGCUCACCCUGCUCCCUGAUAAGAAGCGAGAUGAGAAUACCACUACAACAGUGGAGAGUGAUGCUGCAGAGGAUGAGGUCGUGCCUGUUGCACCACCAGCCACCAAUGAGCAGCUUCUCAUCCAUUCCUUCUGCAAGACACUGACUGCCUCAGACACAAGCACGCAUGGUGGAUUCUCGGUGCUGCGUCGGCAUGCGGAUGAGUGCCUCCCUCCACUGGAUAUGAGUCAGCAUCCUCCAAAUCAAGAACUGGUGGCCAAGGACCUGCAUGGGGUCGAGUGGCGCUUUCGUCACAUCUUUCGAGGUCAGCCACGUAGACACCUUCUUCAGAGUGGUUGGAGUGUUUUUGUUAGCGCCAAGCGUCUUGUUGCUGGUGAUGCCUUCAUAUUUCUCAGAGGUGAGAAUGGGGAGCUACGUGUUGGAGUUCGGCGGGCACUCAGGCACCAAACCACCAUCCCAUCUUCGGUCAUAUCAAGCCACAGUAUGCAUCUUGGUGUUCUUGCAACAGCAUGGCAUGCAGUGAACACUGGGAGUAUGUUCACUAUCUACUACAAGCCAAGGACUAGUCCAGCUGAAUUUGUGGUCUCGCGCGAUAGGUACUAUGAAUCACUGAAACAAAAUUAUACAAUAGGGAUGAGAUUUAAGAUGAGAUUUGAAGGUGAAGAGGCGGCAGAGCAAAAAUUCACUGGAACAAUAGUUGGAAUAGGUGCUUCUGAUCCGUCUGGAUGGGCUGACUCCAAAUGGCGUUCCCUUAAGGUGCGAUGGGAUGAAGCUUCUGCUGUUCUUCGUCCGGAAAGAGUCUCUCCUUGGCAAAUAGAACCUGCUGCUGUUAGCCCAUCUCCUGUGAACCCUCUUCCACUCAGAUUCAAGAGGUCUCGUUCAAAUGUUAAUGCUUCGCCAUCUGACAUGCCAACUGUAACCAGAGAAGUUGCUUCUAAAGUCAUGGCGGACUCUCAACAAAACAGUCUCCCAAGGGCCUUGCACAGUCAAGGAAGGGCACAAUUGACUAGUCGAUUCCGUGAUAGCAGUGAUCUGAAGUCCGCUCAGGAUCUCACCAUGUGGUCUUCAGGAAUUGAGCAAGAGAGAAACAAUAUUGCUGCCCAGACAAAGCUAAGUCUAGAGGGUUGGACGCAAACAAGAAGACCUGAGGGUUACAAUCAGCUGUCAUCGGCAUUUCAACCACUGAAAGAUGCGCAGAAUCCACUUUGUUCUUUUCCUAGUCAAAUAUCUGGAAACCACUCAAAUACCUGGGACACAGUUGAUGCUCAUUAUCCAACCCAACAAGCAAACCACAACAUGCUACCUGGCACAUGGUCUUUAAUGCCUCAUAACUCUGGUUUUAUGAUGAAUCAACAAAAUUAUCUGUCAAUGCCUGAAGCUGCACUUCCUCAAAGGGCUGAAAUUGCAAAAUUUAGUGGGAAAUCAGCUUUCACUUCGCUUCAGGGCCAUGGCAUUGAUCGGUGCUGCUCAGGCUGGAUUGGCCAUAAUCGUGCAUCAUCGAGUUUGAUCAAUCCCCGGCCUUUGGUUAUUGAAACUGAUGUCCAGAAAACCAAAGGCACUUCAUUCAAGCUAUUUGGGUUUCCUCUUGGUAGCCCAGAAAAAUCUGAACCUCUGGUAUCCCCACCAAGUGUUGCAUAUGACGGAAAGCUUCAAACAUCUCCAUCACAAAGGAAUCAGCUAGACAUAAUUGAAGUGGAUGAUUAUUCUGAUCCUUCGAAGACUGUUAAGCCUCUUGAUGGUCCUCAGACAGAUUCUGUUAGGGAGAAUAAUCAUCCUUGCCCAGAGGCUACCCAGAAUGUUCAGAACAAAGUGCAAAGUAGUUCCACCCGAAGCUGCAAGAAGGUGCAUAAGCAAGGCAGUGCCCUCGGCAGGUCGAUUGAUCUGACAAAGUUCACUUGCUACAGUGAACUAAUUGCUGAACUGGAUCAGAUGUUUGACUUUGGUGGUGAGCUGAGCAGUCCUCACAAGAACUGGAUGGUUGUCUUCACUGACAAUGAAGGUGACAUGAUGCUGGUUGGUGAUGAUCCCUGGAACGAGUUCUGCAGCAUGGUCCACAAGAUGUUCAUCUACACAAGGGAGGAGGUGGAAAGGAUGAACCCUGGCGCCCUGAGCUCCAGGUCCGAAGAAACUCUGUCUGACUCGCUGGUGAGAGGAUCGGGUUCCAAGGAGCCCCGAGGUGGGCCAUCCGCUUUGUCUCUCAACUCCGAGAACUGCUAGUUUGUCCAGUUCACGAGGUCUUUCGUGGUGGCAACAGAGGGAGACAAAAGGCCACAUCCGUAGCCGGAGAGACAGACAGCAAGUUUGUGAGGUUUGUAGUGGUGUUGUAGGUGCUUUCGUGUGUAUGGCUCUGGGUAAAGCCCCGCAGUACCCAGUUUGUAGUUGGUGCUUGGCCUGGCGGUCAGUUUCUUGUUCAAGUUUUGGGUGUGCCCUGUGUUGGGGUUAACCGGUGAAGUUAUCGUAGCAGAGCAGCAGAAAGCAGGCAAACAAAAUCCCUGGUCGCGCUUGCUUGGCCCUCCUCUCUUUCUUCCUUGUAAAUAUAGCCUUGCUCUGAAGCGUAGUAGUGUACUGUUGACAAGUCGUGACUGACAUGGCACCUGAAGAAGCCAACUUUGCUCCUUUUAUCGUGUGUUGCGGCUGGGUA